AGAGACAGAAGGUUGGGAGUAGUCCUGACAUUAGUCAUACAUUAUUAAUGUCCUGAUGAAUUAAUAUUUGAUGAAGUAGGAUUUAAACUAUAGUCAGCUGGAAAAAUCAGGACUAAGACAAUGAGAAUAUCACUUAAAGUCAUCAUGUACUUAAUGACAGCCAGUGUGAGUUUACUGGCUGUGACAGGAAACAAUGGAGGACCUGACACCAUAAACUGUGACAAACCCCCAGUGAUCCAGAAGGCACGUCAUGGAGGCUCUGCUACCAUCAAAUGCCAGUAUCCAAGAACAGAAGAAAGCAACAUCAAACACUUCUGUAGAGAAGAUGGAAACUUUAAUUGCACAAAUCUGAUUUCAACUGUAAAUUCAAAUCACACAAUUCUAGGCAGGUUUUCUCUGACAAACGACAAACGGCAAGGAGUCUACACUGUGAUCAUUUCCACACUGACCCAGGAUGAUGCUGGAAGAUACCGGUGUGUUAUGGAAAGAGCUGACAGUUCCACUGCAUGUUUAACUAAGAUCCACCUGCAUAUUUUGAACUGGGAUGACAUUACAUCAAAGGCAAUAAAUCAUGCCAUUGGAGAAGCUGCCCAGAUUAGGUGUCUAUAUCCAGACAGCCACAACAGCAAUGAGAAAUUCUUGUGCAAGGGAGAGAAUCCUUCUAACUGUGAGGAGCUGAUACACACAUCAGACCAGGAGACAGAUUUUUCAAAAGGCAGGUUUUCUAUAAGGGAUAGAAUGAAGUACUUCUAUGUGUACAUCAAGAAUCUGAGCACAGAAGACUCUGGAUCAUACUGGUGCGGCUCUAGCAGGAUGUGGGAGCAAGCUGAAGUCACCAAAAUCCUCCUCUCUGUAGCUGAAAGACGCAAAACCAGAGAAUCAGUAAUGCAACUAAAUGACAACGCAGUGACAGUUAACAAUUCAACAGAUGGCCCCGUGACCAAAGAUUGGCUUGCCCUUGUGGUAGCUGUGGUAGUGUGUCUGGUAUUGAUACUGCUACUUGUGCUUGUACUUGUACUGUGCCGACACAACCUCCCCUGUAAACAAGAGGGAUCAUUAGAGCAGAGGACAAGCGCUGCUGAACAUACCACAGAGGAAAAUCAUGGAGAUCACCACUUUGACGAGAUACAGACGGGGAACCUGCAGGCAAGCUCAGAAGAAGCACUGACGUCCGUUUAUGCCAACGUCAACCUUCCAGCAGACCAGCUCCAAUAUGCCAGCGUCAAUUUCCGUGUCGGUGUCUCGACAGAUAGGAAUUCACUUCCUGGCACAAAUGAAAUCUCCUCUAACAGCACGUCUCAGGGUGUCACCCAUCCUUCAGCAGCAGAGCAGACUGUCUAUUCUACAGUCACAAAGCCUGGGGAACCAUGAGAUAGAUUGUCUGUCUUUUACCUGAUGGGUUGAUGUUAACGGUACAGUUUGUUAAAUGUGUUCUAUGUACAUAAAGUCCCUACAGCCACAAUAUAGAAAAGUAGAUUCUGCAACUUUUUAGAGUAAUUGACUCUAUCAUUUGAGACAAUGUAGUUUACCAGUUAGCUAGUUAGCAACUAGUAUGGCUGUGUUUUUGACAUGUGUCAAUAUUAAUGUAAAUGUGCUCUGAAGAUAAUGAUUACACUUUUGUUUGAGAAUACUGCUGUUUCUGGCUUGGGUCACUCAUUCUCAGUAAAUCUUACAUUUUACUCAAGCAAUUCUUUUUUUUUUUUAUUCCGUUUUUUUUAAACCAAUUCUUAAGUGUCCUUAUCAUAUAAUGGCAGAAAAUAUUUAGUUUCACUUAUUCAUUUUAUCACUUUUAGUGAAUCAUGUUCUAUCAAAGCUCAUGAGUGAUGCACUGCCAGUAUACAGGAUAUUUGUAUUGAAUACUUCCAGCAUAGGACUCUUCUUUUCCUUCUGCUUUGGAGCGCUCUCUUCUGGUUGAAAAGGUGACCUGCCAAUAAACGGCUGGUGUGACGACUCUGCAGACACAGCUCUCACAAAUAAGUUCAACAUCCUAUAACCUCCACCUGAUAUUUUAUAUUCACAGCUCAUUGGCGUUUUGGAGGCGAG